AUGACUGGACUAUCAUUGAACAUUGUUCGCCGGUUAAGUCCUGUCUAUAACCUCACAUCAUAUCACCAUUGCCCGUUGGUAUUCGCCAGAAAUCUGUCCACUUGUGAAAUAAGAUGGAAACGAAGAAAAACUGCCGAAGAGAAGAAAUCUCCGAAAAUAAUAGAAUAUUCUCCGAAAAAGAAGAACACAGUAGACCUACAGGGAACUGUUGAGGUUUGGAGGCACAUGACCGUUAAACAAUUAUCAGAGUCAAUGAAUAGAUCAUUAGAUGAUGUACAGGAAGCAAUGCUCUUUGUUAAGGAUGCUGAUAAUAUCGAACCAACAGCCCAAUUACACGACAUAAAAAUUAUACAAGAAAUUGCCAAAAAGUUGGGCACUCGCAUUCGCAUUGUAGCUGAACCGACGCUUGCCGAUGUAGAUGUAGAGUGUAAGGACAAAGAUGUAACGCCAAGACCUCCAGCCCCUCCUGAAUUAUUAAAACCGCGACCUCCAGUAGUAACUGUAAUGGGUCAUGUCGAUCAUGGCAAAACGACUCUGCUUGAUUCUCUAAGGGGUGCCGACGUUGCAUCUGGCGAAGCAGGUGGUAUAACACAACAUAUAGGUGCGUUCACAGUUACUUUAGAAAAUGGUGAUAAAGUAACAUUUCUCGACACUCCUGGCCACGCUGCGUUUAGUUCAAUGCGAGCAAGAGGAGCUGUUGCAACAGACAUAAUCGUACUGGUGGUUGCUGCUGAAGAUGGAGUAAUGGCCCAAACAAAGGAAGUUAUAUUAUUGGCAAAGGAGGCUCAAGUUCCUAUAAUUGUAGCUAUCAACAAGAUAGACAAACCCGAGGCAGACAUCGAAAAGACAAAGCAGGAACUUUUUCAAAUGGGGUUGCCUUUGGAAGAUUUUGGUGGAGACAUCCAAGCCAUACCGAUUUCAGCGUUAAAGGGUACCAAUCUUGAUUUAUUGGCAGAGGCUGUUAGUACCCAGGCUACACUAAUGGGCUUGAAAAGCGAUUAUACUGGAUUUAUGGAAGGCGUUGUUGUUGAAUCAAAAACGGACCCACGUAGAGGAAAGCUUUCAACGGCGAUUGUUAAAAGGGGUACUCUGCGUAAAGGAUCUGUUCUUGUAAGCGGCUUGGCACAUGCCAAAGUACGAGGCUUAUUCGAUCAUAAUGGUAAACCAAUGGAUAAAGCUGAGCCGGGAACGCCUGUAGAAAUUCUUGGUUGGCGAGAACUACCAUUAGCAGGAGAUUUGAUUCUAGAAGUGGAAUCUGAAAAAAAAGCCAACUCUGUUCUAAGAUAUCGCCAACACGAGGCACAAAAAGAGAAAGCUGAACAGAGUUUAGAUGAAAUUAGAAAAAAAGAAGAAGAACAUUUGGCAAAGUACCGAGCAGAGCGGGAUGCACGUCGACUGGCAGGUCGAUUCCGUUUGCGACAGGGUCCACGAGCGAAGGAAGUGGUAGAUGACGAUGGAACUCCACGCGUUAGUGUUAUUGUGAAAGGAGAUGUUCAUGGAUCCGUAGAAGCAAUUUUAGACGUGUUGGAAACAUACACUGGCCAUGACAAAUGUCGCCUGGACAUUGUGCACUACGGUGUUGGCAAUGUAUCAGAAUCCGAUGUAGAAUUAGCCAAGUCGUUUAAUGCAAUUAUCUAUGCAUUUGCCGUAGAUCCACCUGCUAAGGUUUCAAGUGAUGUGUCCAUACGAUUGUGUAACAUAAUAUACCGGUUAAUCGACGAUUUGAAAGAAGAAAUAAGCAGUAAACUUCCACCAGUAGAAGUCGAAGAGAUCUUGGGAGAAGCCAAUGUUUUGCAGAUGUUUUCAAUUUCUGAAGGACGCAAGGAAGUGCCGGUAGCGGGCAGUCGCUGUACAAAAGGCGUUUUGAAAAAAUCACAAAAAUUCCGUCUCAUUAGAAAUGGCGAAAUUAUAUAUGAUGGUGCUUUGGAAUCCAUGCGUCACUUAAAGAAUGAAGUAGAUACUAUCAAGAAGGAUGUAGAAUGUGGACUGCGGCUCAAGGACACCAAAGUUAUACCACAGGCUGGUGAUAUAAUUAUGUGCUAUUCCACUCGCACGGAACCUCAGAAAACAGAUUGGGACCCAGGAUUUUAA